AUGUCGUCAGCCGACGUUACAUCAGCUGAUAUGGAGUUUCUUAACGAGAUGCCCUUGGAUAAACUGCUCAGGCUAAAAGCGUCCUUGCAAGAUCUUGUAACCGCUCAAUAUGACAAUGUCACAACGACAACGCCAUCCAACAUACAAAGAUUCGGGGCAGAAGCAAUGGCCAUUCAAGCGCCACCCGUCAAAAGAGGAGACUAUGAAGAAGGACUGUACAAGAAAGAGGGAUACAGCAAGAUCAGCAACAUAUUUUCAAUGUCUGUCACGACGCUGGCCUUUUUGGCUUUUGGAGGUUAUUUGUUGUGCCUGAUAGUUCAAGCUGUUAAAUCUAAACAAACUUACAACGCCUCUAUUCCUACCACACAGCCUACAACGUUCUUCGUGAGUGCUGGCAUUAAGAAGAAACCGCAGACUCAUUUCGCGUCAUAUGGAAGAAGAAGAAGAGACAAUAGAUUUAGAAGAAGUUUGAAAAUGGUGGACCUGCCUCCGGAGCAAUUGUUUACAGCGUUACUGCAAGUGUGUGAAGGGUACGCCAAGUGGAGUGAAGGAGAGAUAGUAUAG